ACGUAAUCCACCGUCCGAGUCACCACGGGCCCUGCCAGGUCGGAAGAGAAGCUUCCAUGGACUGGCUGGUCUGGCUGGCUGCCGCGCAGAUGGCAGGCGGCGCGGCAUGAUGCAAGCAACCUCCAAGUGCGUGCGUGCGCGCCCACACGAGGCGACACGCGCGGGCCGCCGUACGCUGUUCAGCUUCCUGCAGGCUGCAGCCCGAUAACUAACCAAACCCCUCUCCUGGCUCCUGCUGUGUCACCAGCACGGUCCCGGUCGCGAUCAUCUCGCUCGCCCACUCAUCUCGUAGCCAGCCUUAUCGUCAGAGCCGGGCAGGAGCGGCGAAAGCUAAGGCGCAGCAGCGAGCGGGUACAACAGCGGGCACAGCGCGCCGCGGGGCCGUCACGACUCGCGCGCGAGAGAGCGAGCGAGAGAGGGCGAUGGAGGACGACGACGACUUCACCUUCCCCACCGUAGUCGCCGCCGCGCCUGCGCCGGCGCCGACGGAAGGGCAGCUCGGCGGGCCGCGGCCGGUGGCGCAGCUGCUCCAUCAUCAGCUCCCGGUUCCCGACCUCGCCGCGGCCUCCACGCUCUGGCCGUUCGCGGGCUCUCCGAAGGCGACUGCCGCGCCGCCGUCGUCACCGGCGCACGUGGCCGCGGACGAAGAGGAGGAGGCUCGGGUGUCAGGAAGCAGCAGGCGAGAGGAAAAGCAGCGCGCCGAGGCGGAGGCAGAGGCAGAGGAGGAGGAAGUGCGUCGUGCCGCCGCUGACGAGGAGAGGAUGGACCUGCUGUGGGAGGGCGCCACCGCAGCGCCGGCGACGCAGCCAACGGGGAGCGGCGCCGUGCACGCAGAGCCGCCGCCGAAGCCGAAGCCGAAGCCAAAUCCACGCGGCGCCUGGCACGCAGAGCCGCCGCCGAAGCCGAAGCCGAAGCCAAAUCCACGCCGCGCCGCCGACUCGGACGACGACGACAAGAAGCGCGCCGCGGCCGUGGCGGACGCGGAGAGGAUGGACAAGCUGUGGGAGAGCUUCAACGAGGAGCUCCUCCUCCUGCGGCGCCACGCCCGCUCCAAGUCCGCCGCCGCAGCCGGUCACCCCGCGGGCGGCCUCGGCCCGGCGGCCGACCGCUGGUACCUCUGCAACUACCCGCCGUCGGACGCCGAGUCGGAGGAGACGGCGGCGUCCUCCCCCGCGGAGCGGCGCGGGUACGGGUGCGCGCCCACGAUGCUGCGGGCGUCGUCGCGCGCCGGCGGGGCGGGCCAGUUCUGCGGCGGCAGCAGCAGCAGCAGCCCACGCGGCGGCCGCGGGGCGGCGGCCGGGUGGGCGCUGCUGCUCAGGCUCUUCCGGAGGCUCUUCGCCGUCGACAAGGCGCCGGCGCCGGCGCCGUCCCGCAGCCACGGCAGCAUCUACGUGCCGUGACCUACCAUGAUGCUCCGCCGAUCCAUCAAAUUUGCAGAGAAUUUUACGUGCGGCAAUUACAGUUUCUUUUUCUUGGUCAAGAAAAAGUGAAAAACUAGCUAGGUGUGAUGAGUUUAACCAAGUGCUUUGUAUGUACCACUCCAUGAACACAAGAGUUAGAGCUGAGUAAAUAUCUACAAGAGAAUCAGAGACGAAGAUCCUUUUGUGGGUGAUUAAUUGAAGGAAAGGGCCGGAAACACACUCUAGCAUUACAUCGCUAAUUGUUCUGUCAUGGUACAAAACCAAAGCAGCUACCCACUCAACAGUGGAGCAUUAUUGA